GCUAGGUUUUCAAACACAGCCGCAGACUGUCUAUUUCCUGGUUACUUCGCAAGGAUGAAUGUGGGCGUUGCUCACAGCGAGGUGAACCCAAACACGCGGGUGAUGAACAGCCGGGGGAUCUGGCUGGCCUACCUGCUGCUCACCACUGCCCUGCAUGUGGUCCUACUCAGCAUCCCUUUCCUCAGUGUGCCUGUGGUGUGGACGCUCACCAAUGUCAUACACAACCUGGCGAUGUAUCUGUUUUUACAUACUGUCAAAGGCACGCCGUUUGAGACGCCGGACCAAGGCAAGGCACGUUUGCUCACUCACUGGGAGCAGAUGGACUAUGGUGUCCAGUUUACAGCGUCAAGAAAGUUCCUCACCAUCUCACCUAUUGUACUGUACAUCUUGGCCAGCUUCUACACCAAAUAUGAUACUGCUCACUUCGUAGUCAACACAGGUUCACUACUAAGUGUCCUCCUUCCCAAGUUGCCUCAGUUUCAUGGAGUUCGUCUGUUUGGUAUAAAUAAAUACUGAUAAGACACUUCAGGCCACUCUUGGAUGGGAUGUAGCAUCAUGGAGAUGAGAUGAGAUGACUGAAAUUCCUUUAUUCUCUAUAUGAUGCUUCCUUGGUCCAAAGUCGUAAGGCCUUAAGGAACCAAAACUGCACUGGACUAAAGUACACUAUUUAAAAAAGGCCUUCCAUGCUCAGGUUUAUUCAACUUGUGGCGUUUCUUUUUUUAAAUCCUGUCUUAUGUCUGUAAUUUCUCUUCAUCAUAAUCUCUAGAUCUCCAUCAUAAUUUCUAGAUUCAUCACAUUCAAGGAUGUUUUUGACUGCAUUGCACCAGACAAUGUGCCAGUUAUCAUCUGCUGAUAUUCUUUGCAUAAACCUAUUUGCCACAACAAGCUCCGUCACUGUGGGGGCAAAACAUGAUAGUUCUGAAUUAUAAUAUUCAGAGUUUUUGUCAGUGUUCUAGUAUAUAUACAACAUGGACAACUGCAGUAAAUAAGUUAUGUUGAAUUAUUAGAAAAACUGAUUUAGAUUUUUCAUUUAAUUUCCUCCAAAAAUGCAAAACUGAUCUGUGACAAUGUAUGAAUGUGAUAUGAUAAACAAUCUUAAAGUGCUCACUUAAAAGUUUAUUGCUUUAGUUUCUCGUAGAGCACUGUUAUAUUAGAUUUCUUUGAAUUCCUGUAUUUAUUUAAUUUGUUAUCAUAUCAUGAAACAUUCCAAUUUGAAGCAAUUGCCAUAGUGGGCAUACAUUAUUGUUAUAGAUUUUUUUUAAAUGUUCAUGUCUGCAUGGAUCAAAUUUGUUCACAAUACAAAAGUGAAAGUAUGCACAGUGGGGAACAAAAGUCUGAGACCACAUUGAAAAUGUAGUAUUCAAAAUCUAAUAGGUGGAAAGUUUUAGAAUGUUUAAAAAUAAAACACAAAUAUACAAAUGGUAUAUUCUGCCCUUUUUAUAUUCUCUAUGUUCAUUUCUUUUUGUGAAAUAUGUACAGAAGGACAAGAUGGUCUUUGGAUGGUUCUCAAGUAAUGUUGAGAUCACGAUCAUCAAGCUUUACACAAAGUUGUGGAGUUCAUACAGCGCAUUGAAAUAUUUGAACUAUCUGAAAGUCAAUGUUUUGUUAAAAUUUGAGAUGAAUUUUUUUUUUACUUUUGGACCCCACAUUGUCACAAUAUAACGUUUCAACAUCAAAUUUCCGGUUUAGUAUGUUCAGUUUUUUUCAACCCAGUUGUAAUGUGU